AGGGGAGGCGCGUAGCGUAGCCGCGUGGAACAGUGGCCUCGGCGCGAGGAAAGAGGAGCGUGGCGUGGUGGUGCGGUAGUGGAGCUAGGGUGUAGCAGCUGCUCCGGCUGGGAGCCUGGGACUUCUGGCCUCUGGGGACUGGGGACUGGGAGGGAGCCGAGUGGGAGUGCGUGUACGCUGGCGAGCUGGAGCGGGAGCGGGAGGAAAGGAAAGGGACGGCAGCACACCACACAGGCGCACACGCGCGCACACUGCACCACACACGCGAAAGCGUUAUUUUAAGGGCGGCGCCACCACUGUUGUCGCCUGCUUCUCCCUCCCUCCCUCCUCGCGCUGAGCUUUCUUUCCCUCUCCCUCACUCGGCCCCUCCCUCUCCUCUCGCACUUCCUCCCUCUAGUAGCUAGAGAGGGGGAGGGUCAGAGGAGGGCGGGCUUAGGAUAGGGAGCCACGCCGCCGCAAACGGGAACCGAAACCGUAGGGCGCAGCACGGCAGCGGGUGGCAAUGGAGACCGGCGGCAGCGGCAGCGGCAACGGCGGCGGGAGCGACGAUGUCCACGGGCUCAAGUUCGGCAAGAAGAUCUACUUCGAGCAGGACGCGGCUGCCGGUGGGAGCGGGACGGCGGCGGCGGCGGCGGCGGGCGGCAGGAAGGGGAAGGGCGUGGCCUCCGGCGGCCCGCCCCCCGCCGCGCCGCCGAGGUGCCAGGUGGAGGGGUGCGGCGUGGAUCUGAGCGGCGCCAAGCCGUACCACUGCCGCCACAAGGUGUGCUCCAUGCACACGAAGACGCCGCGCGUCGUCGUCGCCGGCAUCGAGCAGCGCUUCUGCCAGCAGUGCAGCAGGUUCCACGAGUUACCUGAAUUCGACCAAGGAAAACGCAGCUGCCGCCGGCGCCUCAUUGGUCACAACGAGCGCCGGAGGAAGCCACCACCUGGACCUCUCACUUCACGCUAUGGCCGGCUCGCUGCAUCAUUUCAAGAGCCUGGCAGGUUCAGAAGCUUCCUGCUGGACUUCUCGUACCCAAGGGUUCCGAGCAGCGUGAGGGAUGCGUGGCCAGCGAUCCAGCCCGGGGGCGACCGGAUGCCGGGCACCAUCCAGUGGCAAGGGAACCAGGGAAUUCACCCACACCGCAGUACAGUUGCGGGCUACGGCAACCACGCGUACAUCGGCCAUGGCGGCUCGGUGGCGGGGCCUUCUUCGGUGCUCCCCGCAGCCUUCGAGCUCCCGCCAGGCGGAUGUGUCGCCGGAGUUGCCACCGACUCCAGCUGUGCUCUCUCUCUUCUGUCAACAACUCAGCCAUGGGAUGCCACUACCGAAAGUGCCAGCCACAACCGGUCCCCAACAAUGUCUGCGGCGAGCGCCUUCGAGGGCACCCCGGUGGCGCCCUCCGUCAUGGCGAGCAGCUACGCGACGGCGGCCAGCUCCUGGGCUACUGGCCCCCGCGGCCACGUGGAGGGCUCAUCCAGGAACGUGCAGCAUCACGAGGACGCCCUGCACCUGGUCGGGCACGGCCACUUCUCCGGCGAGCUCGAGCUCGCGCUGCAGGGGAGCGGGCCGUCGAACCCGCCGCACGUCCACCACGGCAGCUCCAGCGGCACCUUCGGCCAUUCCAGCAACGCCAUGAACUGGUCCCUGUAGGGACGGAAGCACGGAGCCUUCUUCCCCCAGCAGUCCAGCACUGCCUGCCUCUCCGGUCGCCACGCCACGAGACAUGGAGCACUGUGUGGGCGCCCUGGUUUUGCGCGCCUUACCUUGCCGACUCUGUUUUCAGGGCGGAACGGGGAUUCCUAGCCGGUAGAUCGUCGUGAGUCCCCUUCCCGUGUAGCCCAUUUGCGUCCAUGAACUCGGUCGAACACCUGAUGAGCCUAUGAUUCUAGAACUCCGUAGCCAACUGAAUUAUUCAGUUAUGACGAAGCUUGUCAUUGUCAAGUGUCCUGUUGCUAUUUCUCGUGUUGUUGCUUACUACUAGUCUGGAAGACUGGAACUCAAUAUCUACGGUGAAUUUUAUCUACUUCAAUGAACCAUCAUAAAUUCAUGUC